AUGAAUGUAUCCAGCUCUGGAGAGUGUGAGCUGACAGAAGAGUUUAAGAUUUGGUUUUCUCGCUAUAGGGCUCGGGUUCAAGCCUUUAAUGGAGCAAAUCAAUCCAACUGGAUUUCAUCUGCCGACUUCAUUCCUUUUUCAGACACAAUCCUGGGUCCACCUGACGUGUCUGUCACUGGAUGUGGAGAUUGUCUUUUGCUGAAGCUCAAACCUCCCAGAGGAAAAUGCCCAGAACCUCUGCUGGAUAUUUACCAUGAGUUUGACUUUACCAUUACUAUGAAAAACAAUGGAAAGAGAGAGAUUCCCACCAGUAAAUCAGAGUUUGUUCUUGAGAACUUGGAGCCUGGCACAGAGUACUGUGUAACAGUGAGAAUGUACUGUGCUGGAUUGAACAUGAACUCAAAGCCCUCUGAGCCACAAUGUACAUUCACUAGUCCUGAGCCUGUCAGCAAAGUUGCUUUUCAGGUGGUUCCAUUGUGUAUCGUUUUGCUGCUGUGUGGAGUGCUUGUGGCUGCCGUGUUCUACAGUGGCUUCCUAUGCCCCCUGAAGAUACCCUUCCCUAAAGUACUGGGAGAUAAUCUGAAAAUCACCCUCAAUUAG